AUGGCUAAGGCCAAAACUACACACACAAUGGUCAAGCUUGUGUCAGCGGCCAAAACCGGAUACCAGAAGUGGUUCAAUAUUCCAAGACAUACCCAGAGACUCAACUUGAUUUUGUAUGACCCCGUGGCAAAGAGACACUGUUUGUUCACCGAAGAAAAGAAGAGAAAAGUCCCAUUGGUGAUCCCAAAAGACUUUACCCGUUCCCACCGAGUGUAA